AUGACUACAGAAACGGCGACGCCGAACCAGGCGGACGCCAGCACAGCAUUUCUGCGAGCUGCUCGUGCUGGGCAAAUCGAGAAGAUUAUCAAUCUUCUAGAGCAAGGUGUCGACAUCAACGUCAGUAAUGCCAAUGGUUUGAAUGCUAUCCAUUUAGCAUCCAAGGAUGGGCAUGUUGAGGUCGUCUGUGAACUGCUGCAACGUGGUGCAGCAAUCGAUGCUGCUACCAAGAAAGGCAACACUGCUCUGCAUAUUGCUUCGCUUGCUGGUCAAGAGGCAGUCGUCAAGUUGCUUGUUCAGAACGGAGCUCAAGUCAACAUACAAUCCCAAAAUGGUUUUACACCAUUAUAUAUGGCGGCGCAAGAAAACCACGAUGGUGUUGUUAAAUUCUUGCUCGCUAACGGCGCCAACCAAAGCUUGGCCACUGAGGACGGCUUCACCCCCCUAGCUGUUGCGAUGCAGCAGGGUCAUGAGAAGGUGGUAGCUGUACUCCUUGAAGCAGAUACGCGUGGUCGAGUUCGUCUACCAGCGCUUCAUAUAGCUGCUAAGAAAGACGAUGUCAAAGCUGCAAAUUUAUUACUUGAGAACGAACAUAAUCCGGACGUGACAUCUAAAUCCGGAUUCACCCCCCUCCACAUUGCCGCCCACUAUGGGAAUGAGUCCGUUGCUCGGCUGCUUUUGGCUAAAGGCGCUGACGUCAAUUGCGCCGCAAAACACAAUAUAUGUCCACUGCACGUGGCCGCUAAAUGGGGGAAAGACAAUAUGGUGUCUCUGCUUUGUGAUAAUGGCGCUAAUGUGGAAGCAAGGACUCGUGAUGGCCUGACACCAUUACACUGUGCCGCUAGGUCAGGUCACGAGAGAGUCGUUGAAGCGUUAUUAGACAGAGGUGCACCCAUAACUAGCAAGAGUAAGAAUGGUCUAGCACCACUUCACAUGGCUGCUCAGGGUGACCAUUCAGAAGCUGCUCGUGUUUUGCUUUCACGACGAGCACCUGUUGAUGACGUGACAGUGGAUUAUCUCACUGCUCUGCAUGUAGCCGCUCAUUGUGGGCAUGCGAAGGUGGCUAAGCUACUUCUGGAUAGGAAUGCCGAUGCAAACGCACGGGCUCUGAAUGGUUUCACACCUCUGCACAUUGCUUGCAAGAAGAAUAGGAUUAAGGUUGUUGAACUUCUUUUAAAGUAUGGAGCAAGUAUCCAAGCAACAACUGAAUCAGGACUAACUCCUCUUCAUGUAGCAUCUUUCAUGGGCUGCAUGAAUAUUGUAAUCUACCUUCUUCAGCAUGAAGCUAACCCUGAUGUACCAACAGUUAGAGGAGAAACACCUUUGCAUUUAGCUGCCAGGGCUAAUCAGACGGACAUAAUUCGCAUUCUGCUGCGCAACGGUGCAGCAGUAGAAGCGAAGGCACGCGAGAGACAGACUCCAUUGCAUAUUGCAUCUCGUCUGGGCAACGUGGACAUUGCUGUGCUGUUGCUGCAGCAUGGAGCAGACGUCAGAGCAAUGACUGCUGAUCAUUAUAACGCAUUGCACAUUGCUGCUAAACAGCAUAAUCAUGACGUGGCAGCCGCGUUGAUUGAACACAACGCUCCCUUAACUGCUACCACCAAAAAAGGAUUCACAGCAUUACAUCUUGCUGCGAAAUACGGUAACUUGAAGGUAGCGAAUCUUUUGCUUGCUCACGGAGCUUCACCGGAUCAAGCUGGCAAAAACGGCAUGACACCCUUGCAUGUGGCAGCGCAAUACGACCAACAGGCUGUUGCUAAUACUCUACUAGAGAAGGGAGCAGAUGCAAAGGCGGUUGCUAAAAACGGACACACACCACUUCAUAUUGCGUCUCGUAAGAAUCAAAUGGAAACAGCAGCGACAUUGCUCGAAUAUGGAGCCCUGACCAAUGCUGAGUCUAAGGCGGGCUUUACACCUUUACAUCUUGCUGCUCAACAGGGACACACGGAGAUGUGCUCCUUGUUGUUGGAGCAUGGAGCGGAUGCUGGUCAGCAGUCUAAGAAUGGACUCGCAGCACUUCAUCUAGCGGCACAAGAAGAUCGAGUGCCCGUUGCACAACUGUUGCUUAAGAAUGGCGCUGAGGUGGAUAUAUGCACUAAGGGCGGUUACACACCAUUACAUAUAGCGAGUCAUUAUGGCCAAGCCAACAUGGUGCGAUACUUACUCGAGAAUGGCGCUUCAGUCAAAGCGGAGACUACUCAUGGAUAUACUGCCCUACACCACGCUGCUCAACAAGGCCACAUUAAUAUCGUCAACAUAUUGUUGGAGCAUAAAGCUGAUGCAAAUGCUAUUACUACGAAUGGUCAAACUCCUCUCGACAUAGCGUCUAAGCUUGGCUAUGUCACAGUAAUGGAGACCCUAAAAGAAGUCUCUGAACCCUCAAUAGCACCCGCAUCUCAAGACAAGUAUAAAGUGGUCGCCCCAGAAACCAUGUUGGAAACUUUCAUGUCAGAUUCAGAAGAGGAAGGAGGGGAAGAUACAAUCCUCAACGAUCAGCCGUAUCGAUAUCUUACCGCUGACGACAUGAAGUCUCUAGGUGAUGAUUCUUUGCCAAUAGAUGUCACCAAGGACGAACGUACUGAGUCCGCUAUGAGUCACAAAAAUAUUAUGGAGAUAUCCCAAGGGUCAGUUAAUGGUAUGCCAUACCAAACUCAAGAAGUGGUGGUGAAGAGUGUUAGUCGCUACAGCGCAGCUCCUGAAGGCUACUGCUACAAUGUGGAUCCCACUUUACCCAAGAAAAAAUUACAAUGGAAAAAUUUCCUGGUUUCAUUCCUGGUAGACGCACGUGGAGGUGCGCUUCGCGGUUGUCGUGGUGGAGGAGUGAGAGUCAUCGUUCCCCCUUUAUCUGCACAACAGCCAACCAGAAUUACUUGCCGAUAUUUGAAACCAUCUCGGAUCAACCAUAUGCCACCACUGAUGGAGGGAGAGGCACUCGCUUCAAGAGUUUUGGAAAUGGGUCCAGUGUCAGCAAAAUUUUUAGGGCCAGUAAUCCUAGAAGUACCCCACUACGCAUCACUCCGUGGUAAAGAACGUGAAAUCGUGAUUCUCCGUUCGGACAAUGGAACUAGUUGGCGUGAACACAACGCCGAUGCCACUGAUGACGUAGUACAGGAUAUACUGCAUGAGACACUAGAGAUUGAAGAAACUAAUGAAGACGAAAAGUGUUGGGAUGCUCCGAGGGUGACUCGCAUCCUCACACACGACUUUCCUCAAUACUUCGCGGUCAUAUCUCGCAUCAGACAGGAGGUGCAUGCCAUAGGACCUGAAGGUGGCAUGGUAUCCAGUUCAGUUGUACCUCAAGUGCAAGCAGUUUUCCCACAGGGAGCUUUGACCAAGAAGAUUAAAGUAGGCCUUCAGGUAAAUCUGUUCAAACCACGAAAGGGAGUUAAAGAUAUAAAUUUGAAAAAGAUAACAGUAAAUAAUGUUUCCAAAAAGAAACGUUUCUCCUUAAUAUGGUAG